AUGAUUGGUUUACUCCUGGAAACUAAGGAUGAAGAAGAACUGGAGAAGUUGGGAAUGAAGGAUUUAAUGAAUGAUAAACCUCGGCGAUUUUCGACGGCUGUACCAGAUGGUGGAGUGCCAUCGCCCCCGGACGGGGACGGGGCUCCCACACCCCCGAAGAAAGUGUUUGUUCCGAAGAGAAAAUCUCGAGAAAGCACCUCCAGCAAUGAAGAAUCAAAGGAACAUUCACCCGGAGAAGUUCUGUACAUGGCGAAGCAUGAGCAGUGGCCAAACAUGGAAAAUGAGCUGGACAAUGUGAAGCGAAGCGACUUUUCGAUGUCUGACCAGCAUGGCUUCACCGCUCUCAUGUUUGCAGUGAAAGAGGGAAAGCGGAUAUUAUUCGAAAAAUUGUUGGCCAAAGGAGCCGACAUCAAUGUUGUGACCAAGGAUCUUAGAAAUGUUGCUCAUAUUUGUGCCAUGUACUCGGAUAAAGAUAUGUUGGACGCGAUUAUCAUGAGGAAUCGCGAACUUCUCCGACGACCAGGCGGAGCAUAA